AUGUCCGUUUUAGUCAAUGGUAGUCCAACAAAAGAGUUUGUGGUGGAGAAAGGUUUGAGGCAAGGAGAUCCAUUAUCUCCUUUUCUUUGUCUUGGUAGCAUAGGGCUUAACGAGUGCAAAGUCGACAUUCUUCAAUUUGCGGAUGACUCUUUUGGUGGGGAAGGUUCUUGGAAGCAGGUGUGGGCUAUAAAGGCGAUGUUGGGAGCCUUUGAGUUGGUAUCGGGUGUCAGUAUUAAUUAUCAUAAAAGAAAAUUAAUUGGUAUUAAUACUAGAAGCAAUUUCAUGGAAGUCGCGACUUAUGUUCUUUCUUGUAAGGUGGAAUCUAGUAACUUCACUUUUCUCGGGGUUCCGAUUGGAUCCAACCCGAGGAAAUAUUCUACUUGGGUGCCUCUUUUGAAUAAAAUGAAGAAACGUCUUUCGGGUUGGAAAAAUCGGUUUCUUAAUCUUGGUGGUAGGAUUACCCUUUUAAAAUCGAUCCUUGGUGCUCUUACUAUUUUUACUAUGUCCUUCUACAAGAUGUCGGCGAGGGUAGCUAAAGAACUCACGAGUGUGUGGAGAGUUUUGCAAGGCUUUGAUAAUCUUUGGUAUGAUUUGUUGAAAGCUCGUUACAGAGACAUUUCUAGGAAGAUGUAUAAUGGUGGAGUUAGUGGUAGAGUUUCUAUUUCUCAAUCAUCUUGGUGGAAGGACAUUCUCAAAAUAGGAUCCUUUUCUCUUAGGGAUCCUAUUGUCGCUUAUAGUAAGUUUGUGAUUGGGAAUGGUUUCAAUACUCCUUUUUGGAAAGCUCGUUGGUUGAAGGACGCUAGUUUGAGAGAAUAA